GGUAGAAUUACCCCGCGAAAGUUUGUCUGCAAGAUGGCGGUGUUCGUGUGUAUGUUUUGAAAUAUGGAGUACGUCUUCCGUUCCUGGAUAGUUCGCAGGACGAUUUACAUAUAAUUUUUAAAACAGCAGAAGAAAAGGGACAUCAUGCUACCUCCCAAGAGAUAUAGUGGAGAAUUUAAGUACCUGGGCUUCAGAAGCAACAGUAAUGAUUGGAAAAGGGGCUUUAUUGUCUUGGAAGAAUCAGAAGGAAUUCUGUACUUGAAGACACAUUUGGAUGCAAAUCCACAAAGGGUCUACAAGCAGUCUGAGAUCAGUGUUGAAAAUGUCAAAGAAUGCAGCUUAAAAUCAUCUCGAGUCAUCAUUGGCUUUAAAUCAGACCUAAUCUUGCAUUUUCGGCAGUCGAUUAGUGAUCCAAACAGAUUGGAAGAUGACGUUAACAGGAUUCUUCACAGUCUCUCGGCUAAUGGCAAGCUGUUGGGAAGAAAUCGUGCUGAAGUUGGGUGCUCUAUGCCCCCUCCCCAAAACAGAAUCCAUCAGAGUCCCAGUCAUGUGCGCAGUCACUCACAUGAUAAAGAAGCUAAAUCUCUUUCGGAUCAGCGUGUUCCUGUGAGCAUUCCAACACCUGACAGCAGUCCAGGAACCUCUCCUUUGCGGUUUACAAGUAUGAAGGAGAAUAGAAGGUCAUGCCAGGAAAAAUCUCAAAAACUUGAUGAAGAAAGCAAGGAGAAUCAAUUCAGGGGACCUAUAAGUACAGAAACAGACAGGCAAGGCAAGAAAGCAGAAAGAUUGCCAUUGCAGGUGUCAAGUUCCAGUUUUUAUGGAAGUACUACUGCUUCUUUACAUACAACUUUUAAAAAAAUUGCAAGGAGAACUCCUAAUCUAAUAAAUUCCUCUCCAAGUCCAGCACCAUUUUCAGAAAACAAAACCCAGCUUGGUGCUAAUGUUACUUAUUCUUGGAACAAGCCUAAUCUGUCAUCAUACAGUAGCAAAGAGAACACACCUGAACUUCAUGGAUUUGCCAACAUUGGAAAUACUUGCUACAUGAAUGCUAUCCUACAGUCUUUAUUCAGCCUAGACACUUUUGCUACUGACCUCACAGCUUCAUGCAGAGCCCACAACCGAGUUCUCUUCAACGGAUCUCUUGCAGUUGCCAUGACCAAGCUUUUGUACGGCCGAAGAAAGCCACAGUUGGUUGAGAUGCAGAAAACAGAGCUGCUGCGAAAUGUCAAGAGGGCAAUAUCAUCCACAGCAAAGCGCUUCUCAGGCAGCCAGCAGCAUGAUGCACAUGAGUUCCUUGGUCAGGUGCUUGAUCAGCUAAAAGAAGAAAUGAUUAAGGCCUCCAAAACAUCAGAUGUAAAUGGCGACUGUCAUCUUGCUAUUAAUAUGGCAGACACAGCCAGUGUAACACCUACUGCUACACCAGUGAAAGACAAAACAUCACCACCAAACAACAGACGCGAUGCUGCUGAGACCCCAGAAUCAGUCAUUAAAAAACAUCCAAACCUUCUGAUAGCCAACCCUACUUUGGCCAACUUUGAGUUUGAAGUUGUUCAUAGUAUUGAAUGUCUAAGUUGUGAAGAGGUUGUACAUAAAGCUGAGCAGUUUAAUGAUUUAUCAGUCGAUAUACCAUCUAGUUGUGUUUCUGGGGCUCAAAUAUCACUUCAGGAUGCACUCAGCGUCUUCUUCCAGAAAGAAACAAUAGAGUAUACGUGUGAAAAAUGUGGACACAAAAAGGCAGAUGUGUCUCACAAAUUUAGUAAGGUGCCAAGAGUGCUGAUACUUCAUCUGAAGCGCUACACAUAUGAUGCUGGCAUGUCACAAAAUAGCAAAAUGCGACAGCAGAUACACAUCCCUCAGUUCAUAUCCUUGUGGGAUCACUGUGACCAGACCACUCAACCACACAUGCCCUUUGCCUGUGUGACAACUAGCAGUCCAUCCAAGCUGUCAUCAGACUCGAGCUAUAAAAGGCGCAAGCCUCCACAUCUGGCACAAAGCGUUGAUGAGCAGCCAAAUCUGAAAGUGCGUCGUCUUUUUGGUGAUGAACCAAACAGCAGGCAUUGUAGUUUGGCUGGAGACGAGCAACAAACCAAGAGUCUAGCCAGUCAUGACAAGAAAGGACUUGAACAUAACAACUUUGUAAGCCAGAUUGACUUGCUAGAUGAGGAAGAGAAACAACUGAAGCAGGCUUUGGCCCUGAGUCUCAAGGAGGUCAGCCCUCUAGGCUUUGACCACAGCUACACCACUGGCAGCAUCAAUGUUGAAGAGGAUGCCAACAACAAUGCUGCCUGGAAUACAGUUCAUGCUGAGAUGGACACAACUGCAGAUAUUGCAGAAUCAGAUCUGGAGAAGAUGACACUGGAUCAGCAAAUUGCAAUAGCAAUCAAUCGAAGUCUUGCUUCACCUUCCUCAUGCAUAAAUGUAGUCUCCCCCUCAGAACACUUCACCCCCUCCUCAUCACCACCGCUGUCUGCUCAAGCACCUCAGGAAUGCUUGGUUUCUCAAGAUAAAUUGUAUACAAGGAAGUCAAAAGACUGCAGCAAGAAUUACAUUCAGGCCCUCAAUCCUAAAGACACCCAGAUAUCUUCUCUUUUGCUGUCACAAAGGCAAAAGAGCACCGAAAACAUCAGGGAGGGAUCUCAGGAAACAGAGGAAUUUGAUGGAAGAUUAACAUACAAAACCAGCACGCCAAGCACUGCUAAAUUGUUUGAAUCAGACAAACCUAGAGACUCUACCAGGGACACUAUACACAAAACUAUUGUCUCAAAGGUCAUUGAUUCUGCCAAGUCAACAGGUGCUACAAAAUCUCUGAGUGGCUCUAGUAUUGAAGGAGGUCCGGAUGAUAUUUUUUGGGAUGCUGAUGCUGAGUGGACUAACUCUGGAUCACCGUCUAAAGAAGGAUCAAGACUGAAUGCUGGUGUGUUUCAAGGUCACAGAAGUGUUAAUAUUCAAGAUGGUUUUUUGACUGGGACAUCAGAAAACUCAUCAAAGUUUAGUGAAAGUUCUGAUGGCCAUAAAGCUUCAGGGAGUGAAAAUGUGGCAGAAGAAAACAAUCAGGACAGACUUGACAAAUCUCCAUUGUCAUCCAAAUUGCCUUCAAUAGCAUGCUUCCGAGGUUCUUUGUUAUCCAUUCUUGAUCAGACAGGAACAUCUGCUGCAACCUUACAAAAGUCAGACGCAAACUCUAAUAAAGCUUCAGAUUGUAAAAAUGUAUGUCAAUAUCCUAGAGUAAAAAGACUAAAAAGUGAGGUGAUUGAAAGUCGCUCAAGUUGGCCUUUGGAAAACCAUAUUCUUAAAGAGUCUGGUGCCUUGGAAGCAAGUGCAGUUUUGUCCACAGUUGAAGAAAAAUCCAGUAUGGAUGGAAGACAUUCUGAUAUUUCUUUAGAAAAUGUUGCCUGCAUUUCUAAGGUCAGAGAGGAUAGGUCACACGAUAGGAGAGAAUGUUGUAUGGUGGCUGGUGAACCACUCAUUACAAAUCAUGAGGAGUCAUCUGUACCAGGCUUCUUAGCUUCAGUGCAGAAGGCCAAGCAGAAAGAAGUCAUGGAGGAGAAAGAGAAUAUUCUACCUCAUGACAACAGCCUUCCAUGUCAGACAUUACAACUGGAUAACAAUCUGGAGGAUAAGAUUGCUGAGCAUAAGGCCAAAGUUUCAGAAAUGGAAAGAGGAAUACUACCUUACACAUACAGGCUAGUCAGUGUUGUUAAUCAUCUGGGAGAUAUGUCUGAUUCAGGACAUUAUGUUUGUGAUGCCUUUGAUAUGAAGAAGCAGGCUUGGUUUAGUUAUGAUGACAGCAAGGUUAGCUGUACUACAGAGUCAGAGGUUUUAACCAGCAGGUCCAGAAGCGGCUACAUUUUCUUCUACUUGAACAAGGAUAUCUAUGAAGAAUUCUUCAGCAUGGGUACCAAGAGCAAUGAACUUGCGCAGAAAAGAUAAUCUAUUAUAGUCUUGAAAGAGUACUAUAUGCUUUGCAGAAACAUGCUGUCAUAUAUGCAAUUGGUGUGUGUUUGAAAAAGAGAAUGAGAUAGAAAAAGAGGAGUAUGCUUGUGUUACCUGUAGUUUAAGAAUGCUAUACUGAAGGUGGAUUGUCACAAUAUUGUAUGCUGGAAAGAGAAUACUUGUGGCAUUGCAAUAUGUAAGAAUAUACAAAACUUCAUAUGAUAAACUGCUUAAUGAAUGCUUUCAUCUUCCAUUAAGAAAGUCACUUAUAUGUCUCUCUUAAAACAUAUUUUGUUUUAACCUUUCCAAUAUCAUAUGAAGUUUAUUAAAUUAUUCAAGGAUAUUUAUUUGUUUUUGUAAAUUAUGAAUACCAUGUUAUCUGUGUUUGCACAGACUUUUUACUGGUUUAUUUCCAGUAGAAUUGUAAGAUUGUUUAAACUCUGGAUAUCAUUCUUUUGUAGAACUUUUUUUUUUCUCCUCCCACACUUUGCUUUCCUUCUCUCUCUUGCUCAACCACACAUGCAUUGCAUUGUCUUGUGGCAUUUGUAAUGUAAGUAUCUAUCUUAACCAGUAUAAUGCACGGUAAUUUUAUAACAAGGAAAGCAAAUUUCCAUUGCUAAAAUAUUGGCAUUUCUCUGCGCUAAUGGAUGUAUUUCUAAAGGUGCUUUAGCAGUGUCUUACAGAUAACUUAAAAUAAUUGGUUCUUUAACAGCAAUUACACAAAUUACCUUAGCAUACAUGUUCUUGGUACUCUUAUCUCCUUUAUUUCUGUCCGGUAUUGGUGAAUAAUAGCUUUUUUGGAUUCAUCAAAUACCUCUGAACUUUACUGAUAAAAAACACGAUAUCCUGGUCGAGAGCAAAAUUUAUAAACCAAUAAUAAACUUGACUUUCACUGGUUAAGUACCCAGAUUAAACUAGAAACAAGACUUGUUUGACUAACCACUAACUGAUUAGUCUGAAUGAGUGCAGACAGGAUUAAUUUUCAGACUUAUUUGCCUGCUUGGUCAUUUCAUCAGUUAUGCCAGCUGGUGCAUAUCUGGAUAAGCUUUGAUGUAUUUAGUGGGGAAUAGUGGCAUUUCAAGCAGAAUUUUCUCUAAAUAAGAUUUUUUUUUAAAAAGUAUUUCAGGGCUUCUUGCGCCCUUGCUUUUACUUUAUGAGCGCCAGUUUGUUUUUCUAAGUUUCCAUUGAAAGCAUUGUUGUCUAAAGCUAUCACCAGCAGGACGGCAUAAAUAGGUUUGUUGCUUGAGAAGGAAACAUUGCCUGAGUUUAUUUAACUAACUACCGUGACAGCAUUAACUAUUUUUAAUUUUGUUAACCAGAUGGUAAGCGAAAGAAACGGAGUGCAUUGUACAUAAUGUAUUUUUUUUCCUAAGACAACUAACAGUAAACACAUGAACAAAAAUCUAAUUCCAGGCAUGAACGCAACAAAGAACAUUGUUCUUGUUCAGAUUUAUUUUAGAGUGAACAUCACACUUUAGUGGCUUAUCUUUAUUGUGUUUAAAAAAGAUUCUUGCUGAUUGAUAAUGAUUGAAUAAUUGAGUGCACAAGCAAGAGAGGGUAUUUGUGUGGAUGAAGGAGAGAAAAUUAUAGUUUAUAGAAAACAUUGUCUUAAGAAGUGCCAUUUUUCCAGUAAAACCAUGCAGAUUUGGGGGCAACACUUUUCACACUGCCCAUAUUGCACACUGAUUGCAAAUUUCUUGACAUUUUAUUUGCAAAUAUUAUAAAGAUAAGUAUUACUGUAUGUAGUUAAUAGCUGCACGAUGAUUUCUAUAUUGUUUUAAAAAACUGUUCUGUUUUGUUGUGCAAUGAGGAAUAAAUAAUACACUUUUGUCACAC